UCUGCUUGGCCAUAUCACAACCUGCUCUCAAGCCAAUCCACCACAGAACCACACCAAGAAAGAUGGCCAGCUCCGCUCUCGCCCCUAUCGUACAAACCCUCCAGGAAAGCCUCCGCUCCAGUGAUGUCAGGAGCUGGAUCUCCGGCCUCGACCUCAAGACGGGUGGCCUCGUCAUCCUGGUAGUUGUGGCGGUGCUGUUCUUACUCGACUUCUUCACUAAGUCCUAUGCGCCUUACGGCAGGAGUUGGGUGGCCACUGCUGCCAACGCCUGGCUUGAAAAGGACCCACUGCAGCCCAUUGACAGCUACCGUGGAAGCCGAUCCUUGGAGCCCCUGACGGAGGUCCUAGAUGCCCUGGCCGCUGCUGCUAUAAAAUGGGGAGACGCCGAGACCCCAGUAGUCAAAAGCCGCGCCCUUUAAAGCACAGCUAACGGGACCCGGCGGUAGGCAGUGGCGGCGGUCUGGCUCUCGCAGGGACGGUGCGUUUAUGAGCUGCUGCUGGCGGCAGUGACUGAAAGCGGAGCGGACCUGCAGGAGUAACAAGAAGGAAGAAGUUUCUUAUUCUCUAUAGUGAACAAUGUCGCCAUAUGGAUGAGUCUGUUCGGACUAUAAAGUAUUUCUUUCGUCAUGAAACUAUCACAGGCUCGACUCUGAAGCAUUAAAUCUAUUUAUUUAAGAAUUAUGUUCGCACUAAAUAAAAUGUUUUGUUGCC